UUACAAGAUCUAAUAACUCCCUUCCUGGAUUCAACGAUCCCGUAUUUGAAUGAUAUUUGGAGCACAGGUUACUGGAUUGGUGCGCAGCGUAAAGCAGGAACUUCUGAUUGGCGUUGGGUCGAUGGAACAAUUUUCUCAAAAAUUGUCGGUUACAGCAAUUGGCUUGGUGUUGAACCUAACGCUCCUAUAUCUACCACUGUGUGUGCUGCAAUGACACCAUACCAUAAAAUCCCGUAUCACUCAAAUAUCAAAGGGGGGUGGUAUGAUGGUUGGUGCCCUCAAGCCAUGUACUUCAUUUGUCAACGUGACUUGUGUGCUUCGAUGCCAUGUUUAAACGGAGGAACAUGCAACAGAGUGGCGAAUAAUUUCACUUGUUCGUGUUCGCCAGGGUUUAUUGGAUCAAAGUGUGACAAAGACUUGUGUGCUUCGAUGCCAUGUUUAAACGGAGGAACAUGCAACAGAGUGACGAAGAAUUUCACUUGUUCGUGUUCGCCAGGGUUCAUUGGAUCAAAGUGUGAAAAAGAGCGUUAUUACGAUGUGGGAAACGGUUGUGCGGUUCAUGUCAACAAAGUUGCAUCGCAAGUGAAGUCGUUUAAAGAUGCCAAGAUGAAAUGCAACUCUCUUCAAGCAGGGCUUGCUAUCGUUAAGUCAAAGCAAUCGCAAAUCAUUCUUAACCAACAUCACCAACACUGGAUGAACACCGACCCACUAUGGUUGGGAGGGAAGCAAAGCAAUUCAUCAUGGAGGUGGUUGGAUGGUAGCAACAUAGUUGGCGCACCAGUAUCCAUGCUUCAUGAUGGUUGUUUAUCGACAACCAUAAACGGGAGUUGGUUUGUUGAGAUUUGCACUAGAAGAAUCGGAUAUGCUUGUGAGAAACUUGUUGAUGGAGGGAAGUUAUGUUCGCCAUACAAGUGUAGGAACGGUGGAAAUUGUACAGAGAGUGGAUGCAACUUCUAUUGUUCGUGCUCCCCCGGGUUUGGAGAAUCGGUUUGCGAAAUAUCUCGUCAACAAAACACAGGGAUGGACGUUAUUGUGUACGUCAUACCAGUCGUAGUGGUUGUUGUCCUGUGUUUCGCGGUUCUAGGAAUAUUCAUUAAACGAAGACAAAACAAAGAUUUAGAAACCAUUGAAGAAAUUUCUGAACAUCCUUACCAAGACGUGGACUUCUCCCAUGAAGCUGUUUAUGCAAACGUCAUCGACGAUGGUCACGGCGACAAGCAUUCAACCCAAGUACCUAUGCCGUCCUAUGCCAGAAACUGACCGAGGUCGCCAGGAAUCAAG